UAUUGUAAACGGGAUCAAAACAAAACAGUGAAUUGAGCUGUGAUUAAACUUUCAAAAACAAUAUCAUAAACAUUUUUACGCUAACUUGACUAUUGUGUUUAGCGAGUGAUUUUUGUCAUAAACUUGAUUUAAUUAUAUCUGGUGAUCUAAUAGUUCUACAAUCAUCGGAAUAUCGUGUAAUAUAUCAUGAAACCAUAAAAUGGCGGAAUUGUUAACUCUCUCAGCGGACGCUCCAUUCAUAUUAUAACAUACUGUAUAAUAACAGUUAUACCAGCUGUGUAUGUGAAUACAUGUAUAUAUAACACUGUGUUUAUACGUAGUUGGACUAUUCUUAAGCAAACAGGAAGUUUUACCUAUGUAUAUGCGUCUGUGACAGGUCGUUUCAAAGUUUCAUUGUUCAUUUUAGUCUGCACAAGUUGUUUUUACAUUUAAAGAUAAAAAUAACUUUACGAUAUUUUGCAUCUAGAGUUAUACGAGAGUGUGAUUUGAUAUCGUUUAUUAUACAGCGUGUAAUUAUAAACUUAAAUACAGCAUAUUUCACAUGUAUAAAUAAAAGCAGCUAAAAGAAUAGCCCCUGUCAUAUUCCUCUAUAAUGGAUUUAAUCAGACAUAUCUGCUUCUGACGGAUAUAUCAUUUUACUGUAACAAUUUAUGAUAAUGAAACGAAUGCACAAAUGAAAAUCGAGUAAGUUUGAAUUAUUUCUAUUAUUUAGAUGUUUUCUGAACAAAAGCAGAUUUUUGGCAAACUGAAACUGAUAACUUUACUUUUAGAGUUAUAAAUCAGUCAUUUAAAAAGAAAACAAAGAUACAUGCGGAAAAAAGAUGCUAGUGGCGUGAAUAACUAAAAUUCACGUGUAGUUUAAUGAUUAUUUUCUCGUUAUUGCUAGUGAGAAGAAUGCUUGUGACACCCUCGGCUAAGAAUCUAGUUGAAUUUUAACAUGUCAGGCGAUACAAAUUUAAAUCGACCUCCAUUCAAAUCUUGGGUGAAAGCAUGUAUUGGUCUACGGUACAUGCAAGAUGGAUGCGAAAAAUGUGUAGAGGACGAAAUAAAAUAUCAGCAUGCAACAAUUGUCGCAAAGGUCGAAAGUAGAACCCGGACCCCGGGCUACAAGUAUGACUGCAGUGCUUGUACCAUCGACAAUUUGCGUCCAAUUCACCGGAAAGAAAACUGCCCGUACACAAAGAAAAAAUGCAUUUGCGCAAGGGAAUGUAGCCCCACCCGACGACAUUGCCCUCAAUACAGCGCCUGUAGCCGAUUUCAUGACUAUGUGUGGGAUGAAUAUCAGGAAGGCUCAUGCCCAACGUUUUUCAAUAGCAAUGUGGAACAGUGGUCUAGCAACUUUUGGGAGUUUGGAAAAUGUUUUAUUCAAACACAAGGCUACAAGGCGGUGACAUCAGCUGCAAACACAGAUGCUGCUGGGUUUCUUAGCAUCUGUAUUCAUAACAGGACUCUAUGGAACAUGUUCGGACAAUCACAGAUAAUUAAAGACGCACGGAAUACAAGGAAUGCAAUUCUUCACUCAGGGAGGUUAGACGUUUCCAAGGAAAAGUUAGAGGAAUAUUUAGACUCCAUGGUGAAAAUGCUCAGCCUCCCGAAACUUCAAAACGACGACAAUGCAAAACGCGCCAUUGAGAACAUUGAGAAACUUAAAACAGAAAACCUCGAAAUAACAACAGAGGAUGAAUUGACUGCGCGGAAGUCAGCUUUGAAAGCUGUUUCAAAAAAGAUAUCAGAAAUCAUUGAAAAACUUGACGAGACAGAAAACAACGCAGAUCAAGCAAAAGACGAAUCGAAUAGAGAUGAUAUCACAAAUGUGGACCAGCUACACGCUGAGUUGGCUACGUUAACCGUUGUACAAAGUGAACAUCAUGGAAGAAUCGAAGGGUACAUACGCGAAUUGCAAACGCAAGUGACAGGUAUUCAAGAGUCUAUUAAAAUGCACCAGGAAGACCUAAAAGCUAUAGUAAAUGGGUUAGAUAUAAACCAUAGCCUACUAAAGGAAAUACAGGAGACGCAAGUGGUACAAGGGUUGACCAUUACUGAGAUAAAAGACGAUGUAAAGCAGGUUUUGGGUCAAUUCAUCGAAAUGAGGAACAAUGGGAUGGCCAAUGGCAUUCCAAUACCAGUCAUCCGGUUAGUAUUGCUGACGAAGAACAUAUCCAACAAUAAAGAACGAGUUCUUGGGGAGGUGCUAGUUGAGGUAGGCGGAAAUGUCAAGGGAAAGGCGAUAUUGAAGGACGCGCAGUGGGCUCCAAUUAAACAAAUGGCCGAAGACUGUCUACAGAAAAUGACCAUUGACCACGGGGAGGACCAAAGAGACAUUUUAGAGGUCAAAAACGAAUGUAUUGCGAUAUAUGUUCAAUGUUGGACUUUGCGAUCACUUAUACAUUUGUGUGAACAAUGCAUGUCCGGAAAGUUGACUGAGUUUUUCCGUCCAUUGGAGGAAGAAAUAAAGAGAAGGCUACCACAUUACAGUGACCUUGAACAUGAGGUUGCCAUUUUUGAAAAAGAUUUGACUCGCUGCAUGGAUGUCUUUGUUAGGAGAGUAAAACGAAAGCUGAUGUCAGAGCAUGCUGAUGUACAAAUGGCUAUAGUUACUCUGCCAAAUGGUUUAGACGUCCGCCCCAGGCAUACGCUGAACAAUGAAACUCAUCAAGAUGAGUUGUGUGGUGGAGGUGAAACUAAUAGCAAUUUGGAAGAAAUCGGAACGGAUUUGGACGAGACUAAAGUACACAAUGAAACAAUUGAUGCUGAAAAAGAUACAGAAAUAAUAGAAAACGCUUCCGUUUCUCAAGAUGAAGAGGUUCUUUUGACAGACAAAGAAUCAGGCGAUAUCGCUAUGCGUGCAGAAAGAGUUGGAAAGGAGAUUGCAACAUCCAGUAUGGGAAUAGAUUUACGGAAGGAAGAAAGAGGGGUUUCUUCGACAGACAGUGAAUCAGGCGAUGUCGCCAUGCGUGAAGCUUGGACACGACAUUGCAGCAUCUAA